AUGGAAGGUUCUGCAAAGAUGCUUGUAACGGCUGUCGGUGUGAAUUCACAGACAGGUAUCAUCAUGACGUUACUUGGAGCGGCCAAAUCGGUUGCCGAAGAGGAGCGAAAAGCAGCCAAAAGAGAGGGUAAGUUUGGUGGUUUUUGA